CGAGAAAAAGGGAAACAAAAAGAGCUCCUCUUUAUUAUUUGGUCUUUUGAGUGCGGUGUCGCUGAAGGCUUCUAAUUUCGCACCCCCUUCUCACUCCUCAUCCAUCCAUCUCCCUUUCUCUCCCAAUCUCGUGCACCAUGAGGAUCCGUAAAAGACCCUCCUCCUCCACCUGCUUCUCCGUCCCUUCUCUCGCCCCUCUUCGUGUCUCCCAAGAUCCAUCCCUCCAAGACCACCCACCGAAUAGUAGUACAGGAGGACCUGUGGGAGAAAGGUUGCACCCGGUUGCGGAUCUGCCGCUAGACCCCCAUGAGUUGGGGGAGAAUCCAAACCGUGGAAGAUCUGUUGUGGAUCCUUUCCAUUCAGAUCCAUAUCCAGAUGCUAAGGCCCCAAGCAGCAGCGGCAGUGUGCAGGUGCCCAAGGAGGUGGAGGAAGAGGAGGAGGUGAUGGUGGAUUCCAGCGAGAGGUGGUUUGCCCAGGCCAAUGGCAGCAAUAGGACGAGUGUCAGCACAGGUGCAGUAGCGUCAGAAGCGGCGCAGCUUGGGGAGACGGUAUCGCCACAGAAGAACACGAGAGGAGGGGACGAAAACGGAAAUGGGGACGGAGGAUUUGAAGGCAAGCUGAGGGAGAAAGAGAAAAAGGUCAAGGCGAAGGCAAGAGAAAGCUCUGGUCCUGCUUCAGCGAACAAUAAUUGCACCAGUGUUAAGGAUAGUGAUAAGGAAGGGUGCGAUGGUGGGGCAGCAGUGGUGAGAGCUGGGCAUGGGACAAAUGUUAACGGGAAGAGGCGGAGGAGCCCGGCGGUGCUGAUGGAGGGAUCACGGUGCAGCCGCGUCAAUGGAAGGGGGUGGCGGUGCUGCCAGCAGACCCUCGUCGGGUACUCCCUUUGCGAGCACCAUCUCGGGAAAGGAAGGCUCAGGAGCAUGAGCAGUGUCAGGGGGCAGUUGGGUACCAGCAAGCCCAAAUGGAGUAUCGAUAUCAGGAAUAGUAGUGUUGUGCCGCUAACUUCACCGCAGAAGCUGGAGGAAGAAGAGAGAAAGCCAAGGAAGCAACCUGCCAUUGCUUUUGACACUGGGGUGGACAACAUAAAGGAAGAGGAGGAGGAGGAGGAGGAGGAGGAGGAGGAGGAGAAGUCAAGGACGAAAAGGAAGAAGACAGGAAUGGUGAAAGCUCGAUCGAUCAGCAGUUUGCUGGACAACACAAAUCAUCCUGUGUUGUCGUCGUCACCACCGCAGGCGCCGGAAGUUGCAUCGUUGCCACCAUGUCAUGGCAGUGAGGCCAGAAGCGUGAGUUAAAGCGAUGGUUUGGGAGAUAGCUUUGACGGUGCAAGUUUUUAGUGCCACCAUAUCAUGCAACCACUGUUACACUUCCUCCCCCUCCCUCGCAAAAUUGCCGUCUAACUGUUGCAAGCGUGACAAUUAUUGGUUCUCCUGCCAGUGCUACUGAUUAUAAUUUAGUGAAGAGAUGGCACGUUAUGACAAGAGAUGUGAAGACUAAGCAUCCAUGUUAGCUGAUACAAGAGGGUGAGGUGGGUGGAGGAAGCUCUGGCUUUCUGAUAGGGAGCAGCCUUGUAGUUCUGGGCGUAGCUGUUGCGGUGUAUCUUUUACAGUAUUUUUUUUACUUGAAUCUGUGACUUGGAAAUUUUCUUUUGCAGACCGAAUCUGUCAUGCCUGUUUUA